AGAAAGUCCAAUUGCGGUUAACAGAGAAUACAGAGAAGCCAUAUUUCGGAAUUGCUUUCACAUUUUUCCAGAACCUCAGGAAACAAGAUGGUCCGAACUCCGACUUGUUGUGGUCAAGUUGGAGCACUUGUUACUGCAGGCUGCCUGCGGUCAACUAAAACCCCAAGGGAGACGAUGACUAGCAUCCCAGUUUCCCCUUCUUCUUGUUCUGCUUUAGAGGAACUGAUUGAGAAGUCUAAGCUUGAUUCUGAGUCAUACGAUUGGAUCUCAAUCAGAGUGGGGCUGGAAUUUAUUCGAACGUUUCUCGAAUUCGUCUGCGAGUGGAGUAAAAGAUAUGAGAUUGUUCGAAAGGAGGUGGGAGAUGUUGCAAGUGGCAUUGAAGCUGCAUUUGAGAAGGCAGGCCUAGAGUUUGGACGGGCAUUCCGAAAGCGAGAUGCGAAGCAGCUGGAUGCAGUUCGAUCCUGCUUGCAGGAAAAGAUUGAGCUGUUCAAGCCAAGAAUCAGAGAAAGUUACGGCUUCUUCUUUGAGUACGCAUUUCAACCCACCCCAACAACUAGUAGUUUCACUCCCAUUGCUGGUUAUUUAACCUGGACUGGUUUGUGUCGUCGUCUGGGUACUAAUGCGUCUCGUCUCAAUUCCGACUUCCAUCUGGGCACUCUUCUGUGCCAGCAGUUUCAGGACGUUGUAGCUGCCUUACAAAUCUAUGGAGAAAAUUCCUUGUAUCAGACCUUUUACAGCGAAUCAUCCAAGAGCUUUCGCUUUCUUGUGGAAGGUGUUGCAAUCUGUUUAGCAGGCCUCCUCUUUCUAUGGUGGGUUGACAACGACACGGAUGACGCGAACAAGACUAUCAUGCUCUCCAAUCAGCUGCAGAGAAUUAAGCCCACAUCUCCACAGUUCUUGCGGAUGUAUAUCGAAUCCUUCAGUGCCCAAUGGAACCCUACAUUUGGCCUACGUCUCUCCUAUCUAGUAAGAAUCUCUCUUAUUCCAUCCAAGCAAUGGCUUGAAACGUUGCAUGAUGGACUCCUGUUUCUCCUAAGACAUCUUUGCGAUCCAGUUACUGAACUAUCACCCGCUGAGGCAGAGGAACUCCAAAGAUCGAGAAUUGUAAGACUUAUUUGUGAUGCAGCUUCCAGGAAUUACUUCUCAAUUGAACCUCAUGAUGAUGAACGACUCUUCCAGUUGCUUCAAGAGAUUGAGCUUCUCAAAUCAGAGCUCGUUAUGACGGCAAUCGAAGCAGGUCACCAUAUCCCAAAAGCAACAUUCAACUCCAUUCGAAAAGGGUUCAGAUUUCUGCAAACGUUCCUCGGACGUACUAGUACUACUGAUCAGGAUGUGAACUUGGAAAAGUUAAUCUUGGUUUUCAAUCACAUUGAAAAAUUGGCUAUUGAGGGAAAAGCUCUCCGUUUCGUACUGAGGGGGAAGCAAAUCCACGAUGAUGCACGCAAGUGCAAGUUGGUGCUUCUUUUCAAGCUCACAAAUAUUCAUUGCUUCCUUAUGGAGCAAAUGAGAUGCAAACCCAGUUUGAUGUUCCCCGUGAAGCACAAAAUCCAUGCUCUACAUGACGGAUUGGAACUCUUUUACAAGCACAUCUCAGUACUUUCAUGGGACAAAUCUGAUGCUAAGAAGCUGAUCUUGUCCUGUAAAGCCAAAAUAACGGAGGCGCUCACACCUAUCUGCUACUUUUUCCAAUCUAAUCAGGUUACGGGGGACACCAUCCACAAUAUCUCUUCGCUUCUUUCCGCAUUGCUGCAAAGGGUCAAUGUCCUGAAUUCCCAUAUCCAAGGUCGUUAUCACCGAUCUCAGUGCUCGUCAGUCAACUUUCCAAAAACUCACCCAGGAUUAGGCUUUCUUGAUUUGUUCUGGGAAAAUGUGAGUAGUUUGAUGACAAACUUGGCUGAUUCGAUUGGAUAUUCAGAAAGGGCCCAGAUUGAAGCAGUCCUCCGAGAGCUCGACUCCCUGAGAUCUGUAAUGGAGGAGGUUGGGGAAAAGCGAAUCGAGACUCCGCAGCUGAAGAAUCUUCGGAGACAUGUUACACAGGUAGCAUACCAAGCGGAUUAUGUCAUUGACCGGAUUCUACUGGUGAAAUGUGAUUGGUAUCAUUUGUUGUGGCUUUCAAAAGUUGCGGAUGAGAUGAAACUCAUUAAGUCAGAGUUCACCAAAAUUAUGCAAAUGAACAAUGAAUUUGUCGUGGUAAGUGAUGUGGUCCAGACUUCAGAGCACAUCGGUAUAGGAGCUAGAACUCUAGAAGCUGGGGAGGUUGUGAUUUCUCUGAAGGAUCAAGAAGAGAUCAUCAUUGAUCGACUUCAAAGAGGGUCAAAUCAGCGGCGUCAAGUUGUUGCAGUAGUCGGGAUGCCCGGUAUUGGGAAAACAACAUUAGCUAGAAAAGUUUAUGAGAAUCCCGAAAUCACUAAUUAUUUCCACAGACGUGCAUGGUGCUGUGUUACUCAACACUACCGGAGGCGGGAACUGUUGCUCAAGAUUUUAAGUGACAUUGUGGAGACGACCCAUGGGAUCCAUACUAAAACUGAUGACGAUUUGGUUGAAAUGCUAUACAAGAGUUUGAAGGGAUAUCGAGGAUCCGAUGGUGGUGUCAAAGCGUGCAAAGUCCAUGAUAUGCUCCAUAACUUGUGCUUGAGGAAAGCCGAGGAAGAAAACUUUUUGCGGCGCGUAAACGGGUACGAGACUCUUUUUCCCUACUCUAUUAGUGGAUUAGACUAUGGCCAUGAUUGGGAACAUCCACCGGUUUCAAUACAAUAUGAGCAACAUCGACUAAUCAUUCAUGCUAAGAGAAAGCAUUUUACCCUGUUAGCGCCUUCUGGAGCACCUGUUCGCACUCUUUUGUUUUUCGCUACCACUGACUCAUACCCCAGAUGCCCUUACGAUGUCUCCUUCAUUCCUUACAAGUUUAGACUUCUUCGAGUGCUGGAUAUUGAAAGUAUCAACGUUGGUUCUUCUUUCCCGGAAGGAAUUGAAUUGCUGACUCCGUUGAGGUACCUAGCUAUUAGUGGAAAUAUAACGUCCAUUCCAUCUAAAGUAGCAAAGCUAUGGAACUUGGAAACUUUUAUCGUCAACGGAUUGAUGGGAAAGGUGACCUUGCCAAACACUAUUUGGAAGCUGUCGAGUUUGAGACAUCUUCAUGUGAGCACCCAUGCUGCUUUCAAUUGGCAAGAUGGAGGAGGAAGCCUUCAGAGUUCUUCUCAGUUAGGUAAUCUGGUUACUCUAUCCACUCUUGUUCUUUCACAUGGGGACAACUCGCAGGAGAUCCUCAAAGUGUUUCCCAGGCUUCGAACAUUAGGAGUCAUUAUUUCCGCACCCGAUCAGCUGUCUGAAAACUGCCUCCCCCUUCCGGUCAUGGAUUUCCUCACCGAACUUGUGUCGCUCAAGAUGAAUUACCAGGGCAGUGAGCUUCUUACCUGUCAAUUCAGCUUCCCUUUGAACCUCAACAAGUUGUCCCUCUCCGGCUUCAGCUUAACAUGGGAUGACUUUUCAGCCAUUGGAGAACUGCCCAACCUCAGAGUUCUCAAAUUAGUUUCUAUAUCUUUUGACAGCGAAACAUGGGACAUGAAAGAUAAUGAAUUCCAACAGCUUGAAUGUUUAAAGUUAGAUUCUUUGAAGCUUGUUGGUUGGAAUGCAUAUAGUGAUCACCUCCCAAACAUUCGGCGACUAGUCUUGCGAAGCUGCACCCAGCUUCAGGAAGUCCCUUCUUGUUUUGGUGAAAGCAAUACUCUGCAGACAAUUGAGUUGAAGUGGUGCAGCGCCACUGCAGAAGAUUCAGUCAGGAUGAUUCAAGAGCAACAGGUUGAAUAUGGAAACGAGGGAUUCAAGACCAUUAUCAAUGUUCCAGAUUCAGAUUCUAUAUCUUCUUUAUGA